AUUUCGGCAGUGAAAUGGAGAGUCACCAACACAACAUGGCGAAUGCAAGGCUGGUCGGCUUCGAGUGACCACUUUCUUCUAGCUUUUACUCUGUCAAUUCGCUUUCGAAUCUUGCAUUGAAUGUCGUUAGGCUUCUUUUGAAUCCCAAGCUAUUUGAGAAUGUCUGUCGAUAAGACAAAGCGUGUGGGGCGGUGGUAUUUUGGUGGAAUAGCAAGUGCGAUGGCGGCAUGUUGCACUCAUCCACUUGACUUGCUCAAGGUUCACCUUCAGACCCAGCAGAAGGCCACCAUUGGUUUGUUUCAAAUGGGAGUUAUUGUUGUGAAGAAUGAAGGAAUAACCGGUCUUUACAAUGGACUCACAGCAUCAGUCAUGAGGCAGUUGACCUAUUCCCUAACUAGGUUUGCCAUAUAUGAAACUGUGAAGAAAAACACCACAGUUCCAGGAGAAUCGAUGCCUUUUUUACAGAAGGUGGCUCUGGCUGGAUUUGCUGGAGGGUGUGGUGGAGUUGUUGGCACACCUGCUGAUAUGGUCAAUGUCCGAAUGCAAAAUGAUAUGAAAAUCCCCAAAGAACAGAGACGAAAUUACAAGCAUGCUGUAGAUGGAUUAUACAGGGUGUUCCGGGAAGAGGGACCAAGGCGGUUGAUGUCUGGGUGUGUCACCGCUACGAGUAGGGCUAUCCUAAUGACGAUAGGACAGCUUGCCUUUUAUGAUCAAGUAAAACAAGGUCUUCUUGCUAGUGGCUAUUUCAAAGACAACAUCAUUACUCAUUUCACAUCAAGUCUAACUGCUGGAGCUAUAGCAACAGCUAUGACACAACCUUUAGAUGUAAUGAAAACAAGAAUGAUGAAUGCUGAAGCUGGACAGUACAAAAAUCUUCUUCAUUGUGCCAUGGAUAUCCUUAAAGUUGGUCCGCUCGGAUUCUAUAAGGGUUUUCUACCUGCGUUUGUGCGACUAGGCCCUCACACUAUCUGCACUUUCAUUUUCCUUGAGCAAAUGCGUAUGAAUUUUGGUUACAUGAAACCUGAGGGGUUUUAUUCCGGCAUUCGUGCGCCUUGCACCACAAACCAUCUUAACGUUCGUCUUCUUUGAACAAAUCCGCCUGAACCUCGGCUACAUGCCACGGCAGGCACCAGCUGUGGUGGCACCACCGAUUGAGGAGGAUCCACACCCGGAGACGGGCCAUGCUGAACACCAUGGAGGACAUUAGUCCAUGACUUCUAUGAUCUCUUGUAGGCCAGCUCAGUCAAUGGGCUGCUGUUGAUAAUCAGUUGAGCACUAUGAGAAGACAGUGAGGUAGCAUUAUCAGAGGCAUGAAGGGAAUAGCAGUGUGAAGGGCUGGGCAAAGAUCUCCAUCCAUCUGUUUAUGGAUCAGUUGUUGCAGCUGUGAAUGUGUAUUCUCAACGCAAGCCUUGAAAAAGUGAUGACAUGUCCACUUCGGCCCUGCUAUGUUAUUGAUACUGCCACCUCUCUAACAAGUAUUUGAUGCUCUAUUCAUCACUGUGAGUCAAAUCGAUUUGAUCAGAGUUUAAGCCAAAUAUGUGUUAAACGUUUUGCCAAAGCUCCCCGUCAGACAAGACUCCUAGUUUUGCUUAAGAUGUCCUCAAUUUCAAUAUCGCGUGUCUCCUGCCUGCGGCCAAACUUAUUGUGUUUUCAUUCUUUGUGAUGUGGGAGAGUUUCAUGAGUGAGUUGAUCACCAAGUCCGAGUUUGAUUGCACAUGUAUUUUUACUGCCUGGUUAUGUGUAACCAUUUGUAGGUGCUAGCCAAUUAUUAAAUCAAACCAUUUUGUUGAGCCUGAAUCAUGCAGAACUAACCGUUGAAGAUUUCGUGAUUAUUGUUAAGCUUUGUUGAGAGUUCAAUGUAUAUGACCUCAGCUGUACCCCUUAUUGAACUAAAACUGCCUUGCACAACCCAACUAAAUGUGCAUGCUAAAUCAGGGCUCAUAGAUUGAUGGUGGAGACUUUGAUUACUACAUGUAGAGAAAUGUCAAGUGUACUUGAAAUGUCUACUAAACACUAGGUUUGUUGAGGCAUGCUUUUUUUAUUUUGACAAUUGAUCUGGAAUUGUCUCAAUGAGAGUGUUAGCCAAUUCUCUCUUAAAGUGUCACACUGCUAGAAGCACCUGCCCUUUAUUCACUUGGGUACUUACAUGACAUUAUAUGUUAGGAACGUUUAGAGAAAGUUAGAAAAAUGAACUGUCAACUAUCUCGUUGAUAUUUUCAGUUUAACUUUAAACUAUCCUGUCAGUUGUGUGUUCAGAUAAUCUUAAUCUGGUGGUGAUUACCGCUAUCCCGGUUCAUGUUCUGGAAUAGUUUUCUGUUUGUUAAAUGACAACUAAUCAGUUUGAUUCAUUUGAGAUAUUACCUGUGUUGAAAUCUAGAUUUGUGAUUGUGCUUGUAGUUAGAUUUUCCAAAUCAGUGAAGACAAUAUAUAGCAUUUUUGAUUUGAGGGGUCAAACUGAGAGCAAGAGGCAGCAAUGAAGAGCUUGUGUGAAGAGUUUCAGAGUGAUUUUUAGUAUAUAUUGGAUCGGGUACGGGUCGUUUUUAAAGGUGCCUAUGGGUUGGAGGCUCCAGCUCUGUAUACCAAGUAAGAACUGGGACGGGGAAGGGGCUACGCCCUGGUGAAAUAUUGUCAUCCAGGAAACUAGCGUCAGGUCUUUUUGUUUGACUGAUGUUGACAACUUUUGGUUAUCCAGUCGGCUGAUUAUUCAACUCUGCUUGUUACUAAUAGAAAGGAGACUGAUUUUUGUUCAGUAAUUUAGUCAAGAAAGUCGCUAGACCAAAUAAUCAUGAGAAAAUUGGAUAAAAUAUGUGUUUCUUUGCACCACGUAUUAGUGAAAGCUCUUGUCUUUUUUGUGCAAAACCAAUUGUUAUUGCUUUUAAUAUAUAUUUUGUAUAAAAUGUAAUUAAGUUGACCUCUUGUUGCAGGAAGAAUUUAGGACAAUAAUAUAUUAUAAAAUCCUGA